AUUCCUCCACCGAAAUAUGGGACCUCCUUCGAGCUGUCAUCAACUGUCACAUUGUACACCCCAACGUGAACCCUUCCUUACCCACCUCACUCGCCUCGUCCCGUCGUUUUGGCGUGCUUAUACGAGCGCUUAGCGCUCGCUCGACCAUUGGGCAAGACCUUAGCGGCCGCCGACUAGCUCGGAUGUAUUCUGAGUACCCUCUGUUUAUUCAUAAGG